AUACAUGCAUCCAUGGCCACUUCAUUACAAAAUGACAUGAACACACUCAUUAAUGAAAGCUCAUGCUUAAAACUCCAACCCACCUCCCCACAAGAAUCUGAUCAUGUUAAUAAUAAAACCACAACACCACCACCACCUCCGUCGCAAUCCUCAUCUUCUUCGGAUCUAGCACAGUCCGGUGUUAGCUUUCCGUCCCUUAAAUAUGAACCAUUAGAUCAAGGUGAUAUGGAAAUACAAUCUCCUGAUACUAAUGCCUUGUGGGAAACCUUUUUCUCUGAACAUCUUGAGGCAGAUUUCAUGAUCUCCUCUCCUGUUAGAACAUCUCUUCCUUCAUGUUCUCAAUCUUCAAAUUUCGGUUAUUACCCACACCCUUCGUUUGGCUGUUCUCCGCCUCGAACAGCAUCCCCGUUAGCACCUUUUAAUAACAAUAAUAAUAGUAGCAAACCAAAAGGAAUGAGUCCCCUGCAAAGGGUUUUUAGUAACUGUAAUUCCCCUAACAACCAGUUCAUGGAAGUCGAGACGAUUUCGUUGCCAGCUAUUGAGAAUUUCUUGGACGAUUUUGAUGGGGAUGAUGAUUUUUUGGCUUACUCCACUAAUGGUAAUAUUGCAGGUGCUAGUUCUUCGGAUCAGUCGUAUGAUCCGCUAGCGAAUAUCCCAGCUUUGUUAGAUUGUUUGACGUUGCCGGCUAGCCCUUCCAGAUUUUAUGAUGAGGCUAAUGCUACUGUGCGCGGUGGUGUUGUUGUUGGAGGGACGUCGUCCGAGAACGAUCAGAUGUAUCAUCAAUCCCGACCUGCACCUUUAAAUGCGCCGUUAUUGGAGCAACUAGAGCAAGAGAGACGAGAAGAAAAACAAAAUAGACGACGACAACAACUACUGCAGCAGCAGCAACAACAACCACGACAACAGUUGCCGUCACGGCUGCAACCUUCACAACCACAGUCACAACCUAUGAGCCAUAACCACCUCAUGGUUCCUCCCCCAGUUGGCCCAGAGGAGCAUGAUAGUGGACUUCAACUGGUGCACCUUCUUCUAGCAUGCGCAGAAGCAGUUGCUAAAGAGGAUUUCAUGUCAGCUAGAAAAUACCUUCACCACCUCAACCGUGUAGUCUCACCACUUGGCGACUCCAUGCAGCGUGUCGCGUCAUGCUUCACCGAGGCCCUCACAGCCCGUCUCGCUGCCACCCUAACAACAAAACCAUCCUCAUCCAACCCAAAGUUUACCCCUUUCCCUCCCAAUGCAAUGGAAAUCCUUAAAAUCUAUCAGAUUGUUUACCAAGCAUGCCCUUACAUUAAAUUUGCUCAUUUCACUGCCAAUCAAGCUAUCUUUGAGGCGUUUGAAGCGGAGGAACGCGUGCAUAUCAUCGACCUUGAUAUCCUCCAAGGCUACCAGUGGCCGGCUUUUAUGCAAGCCCUCGCAGCGAGGCCUGGUGGGCCACCUUUUCUCCGGAUCACUGGCAUCGGUUCAUCUCCAGAAAGCGUUAGGGAAACCGGACGUUGCUUGUCAGAGCUAGCUCACUCUCUCCAAGUUCCCUUUGAGUUCCACCCAGUGAGUGAGCAGUUAGAAGACCUAGAACCACAUAUGUUUAACCGAAGAGUUGGCGAAGCCCUUGCAGUUAACUCAGUAAACCGGCUUCAACGAGUUGCAGGUCACUCCCUAGGAAACUUACUAGCAAUGAUCCGAGACCAAGCCCCUAAUAUCGUGACGAUUGUGGAGCAAGAAGCGAGCCAUAACGGACCUUACUUCUUGGGUCGAUUCUUGGAAGCAUUACACUACUAUUCGGCGAUCUUUGACUCGCUUGACGCAACAUUCCCGGCUGACUCACCUCAGCGCGCUAAGGUGGAACAGUAUAUAUUCGCACCGGAGAUACGGAACAUUGUGGCUUGUGAAGGGGCUGAGAGAGUGAUGAGACAUGAGAGGCUGGAGAAAUGGAGGAAGAUCAUGGAGGGAAAAGGGUUCCAAGGGGUACCACUGAGUGAGAACGCGGUGACUCAGUCGAAGAUAUUACUUAGUUUGUAUUCAUGUGAUGGUUACAGGUUGACAGAAGAUAAAGGUUGUUUGUUGUUAGGAUGGCAAGAUAGAUCAAUUCUUGCUGCUUCUGCAUGGAGAUGCUAGCUGAUCAAUUCUUACAUGCAUGUCAACCUUCAGUUUCUUUCAGAGUAAAUGUUAUUUUAUUUUGUUUUGUUUCCCUUUUUGUUUUUUUAGUUUCGGCCUUUUAUGAAUUGAGGAAAUUAGUAGGCCAAAAUGAAAAGGGAAAACAAUGUGCAACUUUUAUAUUAGAUAAAUAAAAUUACUACAUUGCAUAUUUGUUAGUGA